UUAGGUCGUUGUUAGGGAUAGUUAACAGGAAGCUUUUGUAAACGUCAUUUUUUGUGGAAGGUUUUGAUAAAACCACCUUUCAUCAUGUCUUUCGAUAUCAAUGAUCCCGACUUCGAGUAUUUGGCUGUAGACCGUAAGAAGUUGCUAAAGGAACAGACUCAAGCUUUUGAUGGCAAAAAAGCUUGUUGGGUUCCCGAUGAAAAAGAAAUGUUUGUACCCGCUGAGAUCCAGAGCACUAAAGGGGAUGAUAUCACUGUUAAAGUGACAAAAACAAGCGAGACAAGAACCGUGAAAAAGGAUCUUAUCCAGCAGAUGAAUCCACCUAAAUAUGAGAAGAUCGAAGAUAUGGCCAAUAUGACCUACCUGAACGAGGCUUCAGUUUUACAUAACCUUAAAGCUCGUUAUACGGCCGGUCUAAUUUAUACUUACUCUGGCCUGUUCUGUGUAGCUGUGAAUCCCUACCGACGUCUACCUAUUUACACCAUGAGUGUUAUCUCUAAAUAUAGAGGUAAACGAAAGAUGGAAAUGCCUCCCCAUUUAUUUGCCAUUGCUGAUAACGCCUACCAAUCUAUGGUACAAGAACGUGAAAACCAAUCUGUUUUAAUUACUGGUGAAUCUGGUGCCGGUAAGACUGAAAAUACCAAGAAAGUAAUUAUGUACUUCGCCCAAGUCGCGGCCAUGACCCAUAAAGAUAGUGGUGGUGAGGUGGAAGAAGAAAAGAAGGACAGUAAGAAGGGUACAUUGGAAGACCAAAUUGUACAAUGUAAUCCAGUACUUGAGGCCUACGGUAACGCCAAGACAACCCGUAACAACAACUCUUCUAGAUUCGGUAAAUUUAUCCGUAUCCAUUUUGGUACUCAGGGUAAAAUCUCUGGAGCUGAUAUUGAACAAUAUUUGUUGGAGAAAUCUCGAGUCACCUUCCAGCAACCUGCUGAAAGAAACUAUCAUAUUUUCUACCAGCUUCUGUCUAAUGCUAUUCCAGAAUAUAACGAGAAACUAUUGGUGAACCCAGACCCAGCUUUAUACUCAUUUAUAAACCAGGGAUGUCUGACUGUUGAUAAUAUUGAUGAUGUUCAGGAAAUGAAAGAUACUGAUACUGCUUUCGAUGUUUUGGGUUUUUCCACUGAAGAGAAACACAGUUUCUUUAAAUGUACUGGUGCUAUCCUCCAUUUUGGUGAAAUGAAAUUCAAACAAAGAGGAGAACAAGCUGAAUCUGACGGCAAUGCUGAGGCAGAGAAAGUAGCUUUCUUAUUGGGAAUCAACUCUGGUGAUUUGAUGAAAGGUUUCCUUAAACCUAAGAUCAAAGUGGGUUCAGAAUAUGUCACCCAGGGUAGAACCAAAGAUCAAGUCGUCAACUCUGUUGGUGCCUUGGCUAAAUCGCUCUAUGAUCGUAUGUUCAAGUGGAUGGUUGUUCGAGUCAACAAAACUCUGGAUACUAAAGCUAAAAGACAGUUCUUUAUUGGUGUACUGGAUAUUGCUGGAUUUGAGAUUUUCGACUUCAACAGUUUUGAACAGUUGUGUAUCAACUACACCAAUGAACGUCUACAACAGUUCUUCAACCAUCACAUGUUUGUACUGGAACAAGAAGAAUACAAGAAGGAGGCGAUUGAAUGGGAAUUCAUUGAUUUUGGGAUGGAUUUACAAGCUUGUGUUGAUCUUAUUGAAAAGCCUAUGGGUAUCUUGUCCAUCCUAGAAGAAGAAUGCAUGUUCCCAAAAGCCGACGAUAAGUCCUUCAUGGAUAAAUUAUACAGCAAUCAUUUGGGCAAAUCACCAAACUUUGGUAAACCAGUUGGUAAGAAAGUGAAAGGUGAAGCUCACUUUGAACUUCAUCAUUAUGCUGGUACUGUACCAUACAGCAUUACUUCCUGGUUAGAAAAGAACAAGGAUCCCUUGAACGAAACCAUCGUAGAACUCUUGAUGCACUCCAAGGAAGCACUUGUAGCUUCUUUGUUUGCUCCUGCAGAGGCUGCUGCCGGGGGUGGUCCUGCCAAAAAGAAGAAGAGUUCUGCUUUCCAGACUAUUUCUGCUACUCAUAGGGAAUCUUUGAACAAACUGAUGAAGAACUUGUACACAACGCAUCCUCAUUUCGUACGAUGUAUUAUUCCCAAUGAAUUCAAACAGCCAGGGGAGAUUGAUGCCCAUUUAGUACUCCACCAGCUCCAGUGCAAUGGUGUAUUGGAAGGUAUCCGUAUUUGCAGAAAGGGAUUUCCCAACAGAAUAAUCCAUUCUGAGUUCAAACAAAGAUACUCCAUCCUUGCUCCUAAUGCCAUUCCUGAUGGUUUCGUGGAGGGAAAAACUGUUGCAACAAAGAUUCUUCUGGCUUUAGAAUUGGAUACUAACGAAUAUAAACUGGGUACAACUAAAGUCUUCUUCAAGGCUGGUGUUUUGGGUUAUCUUGAAGAUCUCCGUGAUGAGCGUUUGAGUAAUAUCAUCUCUAUGUUCCAAGCUCAUGUCCGAGGUUAUCUCGUAAAAAAAUCAUACAAGAAACUUUGUGAUAGAAGAGUUGGUCUCUCGGUCAUCCAAAGAAACAUCAGAAAAUGGUUGGGUAUGCGCAACUGGCUCUGGUGGAAGAUGUACACCAAGGUCAAGCCUCUUUUGAACGUUGCCCGUGCUGAAGAUGAGAUGAAGCAAAAAGAAGAAUUGUUUGAAAAAACCAAAAUCGAAUUAGAGAAAACCGAAAAGGUUAAAAAGGAGCUUGAGGAACAGAAUACGUCUUUAUUACAACAGAAAAACGAUAUGUUCCUUCAACUCCAAGCUGAACAAGAUAACGUUGCUGACUGCCAGGAAAAAAUAGAAAAGCUUAUUCUUCAGAAGAUUGACUAUGAAGCCCAACUUAAAGAAUUUGAAGAGCGCAUCCUGGACGAGGAAGAUGCUGUUGGUGGUCUUCAGGAAAAGAAAAAGGAACUUGAAAAGGCCAAUGAAAAUUUGAAGAAAGAUAUUGAAGAUCUCGAAACCUCUCUUGCUAAAUCUGAACAAGAAAAAAUAACCAAAGAUAACCAGAUUAAAACUCUGAAUGAUCAAAUUGCUCAACAAGAUGAAAUAAUCGGUAAACUCAAUAAAGAUAAGAAAAAUAUGGAUGAAGCUAACAAAAAAUUGACUGAAAGUCUACAAGCUGAAGAAGAUAAAGUCAACCAUCUUAGUAAACUGAAGACUAAACUUGAACAAACUCUUGAUGAGUUGGAAAACAACCUAGAACGUGAAAAGAAAACGCGUGGUGAUGUUGAUAAAGUAAAGAGAAAGUUAGAACAAGAUCUGAAGAUGAAUCAAGAAACAGUUGAAGAAUUAGAAAGAAUUAAAAGAGAAUUAGAAGAAGGAACAAGAAAAAAAGAUGCUGAAAUCAGUUCUCUAAAUUCCAGAGUUGAAGAUGAACAAUCCAUUGUUUCCCAACUUCAGAAGAAAAUCAAGGAACUUCAGGCUACUAUUGAAGAACUCGAGGAAGAACUUUCCGCCGAAAGACAAUCAAGAUCGAAGGUUGAAAAACAGCGUAACGAAUUAUCACGUGAGAUUGAAGAUAUCAGUGACAGACUGGAUGAAGCCGGUGGUGCUACUUCUGCUCAGAUUGAAAUCAACAAGAAACGUGAACAGGAAUUAUUGAAACUUAGAAGAGAUCUUGAAGAGAGUCAGCUACAACAUGAUGCUCAAGUUGCUAGUCUAAGAAAGAAACAACAAGAUGCUGUUAAUGAAUUAUCUGACCAGGUUGAUCAACUACAGAAAGUCAAAACAAAGGUCGAGAAAGAGAAGCAACAAUUAAAGUCUGAGGUUGAUGAUAUGGCUGCCCAACUUCAACAUGCCGGCAAAAAUAAGGGUAUGUCAGAAAAGAUGACGAAACAGGUAGAAUCCCAGAUGUCAGAACUGAAUGCCAAGAUCGAAGAAGGGGUCCGAACUAUCAGCCAACUCCAAUCCGAAAAGACCAGAGCCCAACAGCAAAAUACAGAAAUUACUCGACAACUUGAGGAAGCUGAACAUAACGUAAGCCAGCUUACCAAAGAAAAGGCAAACCUACAAUCUCAACUCGAAGAAUCUAAGAGAUCCUUAGAAGACGAGACCAGGUUGAGACAGAAACUCCAGAGUGAAAUACGUAAUCUAACAUCAGAUUUCGAUUCUCUUCGAGAUCAGCUGGAAGAAGAACAAGACGCUAAAAGUAACCUCCAGAGACUGUUGUCGAAAGCCAACGCAGAAGCUCAACAAUGGAAAACGAAAUAUGAGAGUGAGGGACUCGCACGAGCUGAAGAGCUUGAGGAAUCUAGACGUAAACUUCAAGCAAAACUUGCUGAUGCCGAACAAAAUGUUGAAGCUGCCAAUAUUAAAAUAAAUAACUUGGAAAAAACUAAAUUUAGAAUGCAGGCUGAGAUGGAAGAUCUUGUUAUCGAAGUUGACAGGGCCAACAAUAACGCCAAUAUACUGGAGAAGAAACAACGAUCUUUUGAUAAGACUACAUCUGAAUGGCAAUCAAAAUUCGCAGAUAUUCAGCAAGAGUUGGAAAAUGCACAGAAAGAAACACGCAGUAUGUCAGCUGAACUUUUCCGAGUAAAGGCCAAGGAAUCUGAAGCAGAGGAUCGCGUUCAAGCUCUGCAAAGAGAAAAUAAAAACUUGGCUGAUGAAAUCCGCGAAUUGACUGAUCAACUAAGUGAAGGAGGAAGAAAUAUUCACGAUGUUGAGAAAGCCAAACGACGAGUUGAAAUGGAAAAGGAGGAACUUCAAACUGCUUUAGAGGAAGCUGAAGCUACCCUUGAACAAGAAGAAGCUAAAGUCAUGAGAGCUCAACUAGAAAUCUCCCAGGUCCGUCAAGAAAUCGACAGACGUGUCCAUGAAAAAGAAGAGGAGUUUGAAAAUACCAGACGAAACCAUCAACGUGCUAUUGAAUCUAUGCAAGCAUCUCUAGAGGCUGAAGUCAAGGGUAAAGCCGAAGGCAUGAAAAUUAGGAAAAAACUAGAACAUGAUAUUAACGAAUUGGAAGUAGCUCUUGAUGGCGCCAACCGAAGCAGGGCAGAGCUGGAGAAGACUAUUAAAAAAUACCAACAACAAGUCACCGAAAUCCAAGCUCAGUGUGAAGAUGAACAACGUCAACGAGAAGAAGCCAGGGAAGCCUACAACCUGGCUGAACGACGAUGUGCUGUCAUAAGUGGUGAAGUUGAAGAAAUCAGAACAGCUCUUGAACAGUCUGAACGUGCAAGAAAGGCGGCUGAAAACGAACUUAUGGAUGCUAACAUCAGAAUAAAUGAACUCUCCGCCGAAUGCAACUCUAUCAGUGGACAGAAGAGGAAGUUGGAAGGGGAUAUUACAGCCAUGCAAUCUGAUUUAGAUGAAAUGAGUUCAGAAAUUCGAGCCUCGGAAGAACGUGGUAGAAAAGCUGUAUCUGACGCUGCUAGGCUGUCCGAAGAACUCCGAAACGAACAGGAACACGGCAUGCAGAUUGAAAAGGCUCGAAAAAGCAUGGAAAGUACAAUCAAAGAUCUCCAAGUGAGACUUGAAGAGGCCGAAGCUCAAGGUUUGAAGGGAGGUAAGCGACUUGUCCAGAAACUUGAACAAAGAUUAAGUGAACUCCAGACUGAACUAGAAACUGAACAACGCCGCCACAGUGAAACAGAGAAGACCAUGCGAAAGAACGAUAGGCGACUUAAGGAACUCAUCUUCCAAGCCGAUGAAGACAAAAAAGUCAAAGAUCGUCUGCAAGAAUUGAUUGAGAAGCUACAAGAUAAGACCAAAACUUUCAAGAGACAAAUUGAAGAAGCCGAGGAAAUUGCUGCUGUCAACCUAGCCAAAUUCCGUAAAGCGCAAACUGAAUUGGAAGAUGCUGAAGAGAGAGCGGAUGCUGCUGAAGCUAUCUCUAAUAAACUUCGUGCCAAAAACAGGAGUUCUGUCUCCCAGACUCGCUCCAGUUCUGCCACUAGAACGACUGUCAGGUUAUCUUAAGGUACAGGCUAUGUACCGGUAUUAAGAUAAAUGUGCAGGUUGUGAUUGAAUCCCACCCCCAUUCCGUACUCAGGGCAGCAUUGUGAACGAUCAUCUCACAGAAAGUUUCUGGUACCUCCCGAUUCCUGUUACUCCACCAAGUCACUUCUUGUGUCUGAUGUCAGUUGAAACUGUGAUAACAAUUUAAUGUUUUAUAGUUGAAAACGGACUUAACAUUUGAAUUGACAAUAGAUUAUCUUAAAUAUAGUAAUUUAUUUACAUGACAAAGUAAUUUAUAUAUGUAUAUUUAUUAUCAUCCAUUUUCAACUAUAUUAUCUAUAGUAAUAAAAAAAUACCCUUGUUUCA